CACGUAGAAUUUCAGCUCUCUCUCCUCAAAUGCGCUCUUUACUGUUUCCUCUUGCUUUGAUCCGUGGGCUCCUCCGGCAUUCCUCCUUCCUCUAAGUACAAACAAAAAGCCAAAGCAGGAUCGGAGCAUUUACGAAGAUUGAAAUCCCUCUCACAGUCACAGAGAUGAAACUAUGGAUCAAAAUAAUCUCCGGCACGGUCCCCGCCGCUACGGUCGUCCUCACCCUCCUCCUUUUCAUAUGCCGCCGCCGCCGCCGACAACAGCUGCUCAUCAGCCCCCAAGCCAUCACCCACUUCUCUGAGCCAGCUGCCAAAUCCAAAUUUGACGCGCUCCAAUCCAACAUUAACAAGCUCCCCAUCCCGUACAAAUCCGGCAGCUCCGCCCGCAACAGCCUACGCUUCCACCAUCUCCACAACCAGUCUACAGCCCCUCCGCCGCCGACGGAGACCACCUUCCGCUGGGACAACCAUCCCCGCCUCAUCGCCGAGGCCGCAGAGAACGGCUGGCAAAGCUUUGCCUUUUCUAACUCGAUCCCUCGCAUGCCAUCUUCAGCCCCACUUUGGACUCUCUGUGCCACAUGCGACGGCGGAACCCAGCCGAACUCGCCGGAAAGCGGCUGGGAGAUCCCCGCUGGUUCGUCGGAGCUCAUGCAAUCCGUCAGGCUUAAUCCAAGUCCCAAAAAAACCGCCGACGAGGCUUCCUUUUCUUGGGUUAGAACAAGCCUCCCACUUCCAGGCCCGCCCUUGGGCGGCGGUUCAUUUCCUCAAGAAGCCUAUUUUGAAAUCACCAUCGUCUCCCUCAAGCAUCCAUUUUUAAGCUCUUGCAACAGCGCAAACAAUCGAGACAGCGAUCGAGCCAAACUAAUCAGAGAUAAUUCCUUCGGCGUUAGCUCUGCUCCCCUAAACCCAAAUUUUGUAGCAGAUGAAAGAAAAUCAGACCGCAACACCAUCGCCUUGGGGCUAACCAGCAGUGCCACCCUGCCAAUCCAUUCUAUGCCAGGAACUUAUCGUGGAUCAAUUGGGUUCCACUCAGACGGCUCUCUUUAUCUUGAUGAGAGAAAACUGGUUUUCGAGUCGGAGAUGGCAGAAUGGGCAGCUGUGAACAGAGUGAUUGGCUGCGGAUUCGAGCCGAGCAAGAAUAAGGUGUUCUUCACCGUGGACUCUCAGGUAUCGCAUGUCGUACGAUGCAACUCAGAGGCCUAUACCAGUCCUCUGUUUCCUUUUAUGGCGGCCAACGUGGAGACCGUGUUGCUUGUAAAUUUGGGACAAGCGCCGUUCAAGUACGGGCCGGCGAACGCCACGCGGACGCCGAACCCGUGUUUUCUCCGGCAGCAUUCCGGCGAUGAAGGCGGAGAUCAUAGGAUAGGGUCUGUGGUCGACAGCCGGGAGCUUUUCUCUGUGGCACGGAUAGAAACAGAGUGGACCGGUCAUGGCGGAAGAAGGAAGAACCAGAAUAGCAGCAUGAGCAGUAAGAAGAGCGGUGAGAACUCCGACGAUGUUCUCGAUGGGGAAUCCGAUCUCUUUGAGAUUGUAUUGCAGACAUGACGCAGCAUUGGAGACUCCGCAGAGAAGAAGAAGCCGGCAUCGUGGAGCCGGUUAAUAGUUCACACUUCAUGCACAGAGAAGCCAUUUGUCGGAAUUACAGCACAAGGGAAGAAGAAGACGAAGAAGGUAAUACAGGAAUUCAGAUAUAAUAAAUACAAAAGAAAUUUAUUGUAAUUUUGUCCAACAGAAUCAAUGUGAUUCACAUAUUGAGUUCCGUGAAACCAUUUGUAAAAUGCAGAACAGGUUGGAGAAAUCAGCACG